CGGGCGGGGCCCGUCCGGCCGGUCGGUUUCCGGUGCCGCCGCUGCAGCGAGGCCGCGGCCGGGCCGGGACGGGCGGGGGGUCCCGGCGGAGCCGCCGCAGCUGAUCCCGGGAUCAACAUAUCUUACUGCAUAUAAAUAAGCUGUUGCCACACUCCCUGUAGCAGCCAUGGCAGCUUCCAGCAGCAGCAGCAGCGAGGAGGAGCGGAGCCUUCGGGAAUGUGAACUUUACAUCCAGAAACACAACAUCCAGCAGCUGCUGAAGGAUUGCAUUGUGCAGUUAUGCACAGUGAGGCCUGAAAGACCCAUGGGAUUCAUCAGAGAGUACUUUGAGAGAUUGGAGAAGGAGGAAACAAAGCAGUUGUUGAAUCAGCUGAAGUCUGGUUCUCGCUCGGACUCCCGGGAGGAUGAGAUCUCCCCUCCUCCCCCCCUCAACCCUGUGGUAAAAUACCGAUCACGACGUGGGGCCAUCAGUGCAGAAGUCUACACAGAAGAGGAUGCUGCCUCUUAUGUUAGAAAGGUUAUUCCAAAAGAUUAUAAAACCAUGGCUGCUUUGGCAAAGGCAAUUGAGAAGAAUGUGCUGUUUACCCAUCUUGAUGAUAAUGAGAGGAGUGACAUCUUUGAUGCGAUGUUCCCUGUCACUUACAUCGCAGGAGAGACUGUCAUCCAGCAAGGUGAUGAAGGCGAUAACUUCUAUGUCGUUGAUCAAGGAGAAAUGGAUGUUUACGUGAACAGUGAGUGGGCCACCAGUGUGGGUGAGGGUGGGAGCUUUGGAGAGCUCGCCCUCAUCUACGGCACCCCCCGAGCUGCCACCGUCAAAGCCAAGACCAACGUCAAGCUGUGGGGCAUUGACAGGGACAGCUACAGAAGGAUCCUGAUGGGAAAUACUUUGAGAAAGAGAAAUAUGUAUGAGAAAUUCCUUAGUAAAGUAUCUAUAUUGGAAUCUCUGGACAAGUGGGAGCGUCUCACUGUGGCUGAUGCCUUGGAACCGGUACAGUUUGAGGAUGGGCAGAAGAUUGUGGUCCAGGGAGAGCCAGGGGAUGAGUUCUUCAUUAUCUUGGAGGGCACAGCUGCAGUGUUACAGCGCCGCUCAGAAAAUGAGGAAUUUGUUGAAGUGGGCAGACUGGGACCUUCUGAUUACUUUGGUGAGAUUGCUCUGCUGAUGAACCGUCCUCGUGCUGCCACCGUCGUGGCUCGUGGUCCCUUGAAAUGUGUGAAGCUGGACCGGCCCCGGUUCGAGCGUGUGCUGGGCCCCUGCUCGGAUAUCCUCAAGAGGAACAUCCAGCAGUACAACAGUUUUGUAUCACUGUCUGUCUGAAACCUUCCUCCCUGUCCGAGCCAUGCUUCACAAAUGCAGACUGCUUUCUUCCCCUUGUGCAGAGCCACAUCGCCACUGGCAUUUGCAGCUUCCUGUCCGGUAAAAAAAAAAAAAAAGAAAAAAAAAGAAAAAAAAAAGGAAAAAAAAACAAAACAAAGAAAAAAAAAGGAAAAAAAUAAACUGCUUAUCAUGGCACUGUCAUUAAUUUAGAGCAUAUUAUUUCUGUGCUCUCAGUCCCAUUAAAUUAAUAGAAAAAGUUCAGUGGAGGGGUUUGCUUCUCUCUGUGCACCAGUGUCCAACUCAGGCCAGGGCAGCCUUGCUUCAGCGAGAGAGAGACCUCCUGGCACCACGCCAUUGCCAUAGAGUGAGGAGGUGACAGCAAAGGGGGAAAAAAAAGUUCUUUUAAAAGUGUUUCUCAAAUUAUUGGACGGAUUUUAAGGCUGUGGUCAUCACCUGCUGUAUUUCUUUUCACAUGAGAGCUACCCUUAUACUUGAGCUUCUUGGGGCUUGGGGUUUUCUGGGUUUCGUUUUCAUUUUCUAGGUACUGUAAUCCUAGGUUCAGUCGUGAGGCAUCAGCUGCUAAGAAAGCCACAGUUGGAAUUUACCAAUAUAAUUGUUCCUGUGUCUGCUGGUUUAAGAUUGCUUAGUUCUGUUCUUGUCAAGUGUAAAUCAAAAGCUUUCCAGGUUAAUAGUUCUGGUGAACUCCUUCAGCUGUUGAUCCAUUUGCUGACUUGCCGCAGCUGAUCUCUUUCACUUGUUCUUUCUCCAGCCAUAGAUUUGCCAUUUAAAACUUCCUGUUCCAGGUGGCCAGAACCAAAUGCUACAUGAAAUGCCUGGCUGUGGUCUCUAGUACAUAGAUUGGUGUAAGAAUGGUGCAGCUGUCCAGCUGUUAGUACUGUUGGAGUGCUUAGAUUGGUGUAGAAGUCAAAAGCAAACAUUUGAUUUUCCCUGUGAUUUGUUUUGUUAAUCCUCAGUUGACUUUUAAAAAAUCACCAUGAGUUCAAGUGACCCUUUGUUACCAGGGAGAAUAAAUGCUGAGUGUUUUGGCCAGUAUCAGUUGCAGGUGACAAGAUUGCUGGUCUGUAGAGCUCUGUUAUUCUUGGUAGAGGAUGUGAGGCAAAAAACCUGAAUGUUUGAACUUUCCUGCAACACUGAGUUGUUUUAAGUUUUUAGAGCUGUCAGUUCAUAAUUUUAAAAAUGGUUCACUAUAAAUCUAGUUCAAAGCCAAAAGGUGCAUUCUCUUUUCUUGCUCAUGGAAUUUCCACCACACUUAUUUAAUCCUUUUUUUUUUCCCAAGUUCAAUCUGUUGCGGAGUCUUAAACGUAUUUCAGUAUUUCCCAGCUUUGUGUUCCAUUACUCUGUGCUCACCAAGACUUCCC